AUGGAAGGCGAAGGAAUAGAUCCCAGGAAAUGUUCUCCUGAGGAGUUAAAAGAUUUAACUGAUAAUUUUAGUGAAGCAAACCUGAUUGGGGAAACCCAAUUUGGCAGAGUGUUCCGAGGAAAGAGUCAGCAAGGUCAGGAUGUGACUGUGAAGAUCUGGGAAGAGGGAGGAUUCUUUUUUGUUGGCAAGAAUGAAAAUCGUUCCCAAUUGAUGGCAGAAUGUACUUUUCUAAAAGAACCAAGUGUCAACCAUCAUCCAAACUUGGCCAAGUUGAUGCGAUACUGCAGUGAAGAUAGUCUUUUGGGUGUUGUUUAUGAUCUUAAUACUUUGGAUACAGUGCGCCAUCUCAUACUUAAAGAUAAUUUUUCCUGGCUCCAAAGAAUAAAGGUGGCAAUUGGAUUUGCACGUUUGCUUGAGUUUUUGCAUGGUCAAUCCCCGGAAUACAUUGUUCGCAAUAUUAAUGCUGCACAUAUAAUGCUUGAUCAGGAUUACAACCCAAUAGUAUUUGACUUCGGUAUGCUUACUGGUGGAGUUCUCGGUGAUAAGACUAGUGCCCCGAAUAGUUUAUUGCUUGGUUCUUCUGGUUAUAUUGAUGUAAGGAUUGCUCAACUUGUUGAAUCUGCAUUGCUGAAUGUCAGAGGUUUGAUCAUUUAUGUGUGA